CUCCUUCCACCAUGUCCCCCUCCGCCGUCUCCAAGACGUCGUCCGAGGUGAAUCCCCGGACGACGCACUAUGAGUUCCUGGGUCCUCCUGGCGCAUUUGCCAUCAGCUUUGGCGUGCCGUUCAUGACAUAUGCCCUCUACUUCGGCUGCUCCGAGCACACCGGUGGCUGCCCGCCCCCUGUCGACACUGCGCUCAUUCUCGACUCGCUCUCCAGUCUCGAGUGGUGGAAGGGUCUCUGGGACACCCAGGCGACGCUCUUCUACCUUGGCUGGUAUGCGUUCAUCGUCGCGUCGUGGGCAGUGCUCCCCGGUGACUGGGUUGAGGGAGUUACUCUGCGCACCGGCGGGAAAAAGAAGUACAAGAUCAACGCAUUCUCCACCUUCCUUCUGACUGCGGGCAUCACCGCGGGCAUCAUCUAUCGCUACGGUCCUCAGCCACUGACCUUCAUCUAUGAGAAGUGGGUUGGUCUCACCACCGCCGCCAUCCUCAUGUCGAUCGUACAAGGUCUUGGCUGCUAUCUGGCGUCGUUCCGUGAGGGAGCUAUCCUCGCGCUCGGUGGUAACAGCGGCAACCCCAUCUACGAUUUCUAUAUUGGUCGCGAGUUGAACCCGUCCAUUGGCUCGUUUGACCUGAAAACCUUCAAUGAGCUCCGCCCGGGACUCAUCUUGUGGGUGCUGAUUGACGUCGGUUUGGCGUGCGAGCAAGCGGUGCGCCGCGGAGGAAGCAUCACGGACUCGAUGUGGCUCGUCCUUGCUUUCCAGGGGUGGUACGUUGUUGACGCUCUCUACAACGAGCCCGCCAUCUUCACCACGAUGGACAUCACCACGGACGGGUUCGGCUUCAUGCUUGCAGUUGGAGACCUUGCCUGGGUUCCCUUCGUCUACUCUCUCCAAGCUCGUUACCUCGUCUUCAACCAGGUCGAGCUCGGCCCUGUGAACACGGCUCUUGUGAUUGCUGUUAACCUGGCUGGCUACUAUAUCUUCCGCUCAUCGAACGGCGAGAAGAACGACUUCCGGAAUGGACGCAACCCCAAGAACCUCCAGUACAUGCAGACCGAGCGCGGCACCAAGCUCCUCACCUCCGGCUGGUGGGGCAGGUCCCGUCACCCGAACUACAUGGGCGACUUGUUGAUGGCCUUCGCGUGGUCUCUCCCGACAGGGUUCAACACCCCAAUCACCUACUUCUACGUCAUCUACUUCGCGGUGCUUCUCAUUCACCGUGAAAGACGAGAUGACGAGGCGUGCGAGAAGAAGUAUGGCAAGGACUGGAAGAAGUACAAGACCCUCGUGCCUUGGCGCAUUGUCCCGUACGUGUACUAAGGGCCCAGCGGUUGUGUGGAACGGAGCGAAUAUCAUGGACUUCUCGGACUUUGUUAGUGGUAUGGAUCUGUGCUUGAGUUCAGUUCCGGUCUGUGUCGUAAAACCGCGGUGCUCGUCGCGCUGUAUGAACAACGCACAUAAUAAUGCAACGCCAGCGUUCCGCC